CGGAAUCAGGGUGAUGUAUGAGGCCGCAAUGUCCUUGCCAAUAUCCAAAUUCGUCUGGCCGCCAGUUACUCUUGCUUGCGUUUACAGUCACGGCUUGGCGAGCUAGGCAUAUAUAAAGGCAGAGACAAUGCAGCUCAUUAUCCGCGAUGUCUGACAAUGACCACCCUCGCACGAAGUUGAACAAUGAAUUACAAAAGAUAUACGGUCCCUCUGCACCUGAGCAUGUCAGGUGGGAGAUCCAUUCGCAAGGCCCUCCCAACGCUUUAACAUGGUAUGCAACCGUCUACAUUGAUGAUAUGAAUUACGGCCACGCUUCAUACCGCACUGUAGGAGGUGCUCAAGACAAUGCCGCGGCAAUGGCAUAUAAGCACCUGAAACGCGAAAUAUCUUCCCGGCGAUGAAGCAUAACCACUCCAACACAGAUUUUUCUUCCUCUCCAAACAUCUAGCUACCUCUAUUAUCCAUACAGUUCCGUUAUCUGAAUACAGUUGUAAUACAGUACUGUUCUUACUAGACGUGCGCCUGUUGUAAGUUAAUAGUUAUACAUUCCCUUUCUUCCAUGAUACG